GAGGAGGUGGAGGAGGAGGUGGAGGAGUGGGCGGGAGUAAAGCCACCAGUGCCUCCUCCGUCCCACCGCUGGCGCCUCACCGGCAACACUGCACCCAGGUGCGGACGCGGCGGCUGAUGAAGGAGCUGCAGGAGAUCCGGAGGUUAGGGGACAACUUCAUCACCGUGGAGCUGGUGGAGGACAACCUGUACGACUGGAACGUCAAGCUGCACCAGGUGGACAAGGACUCGGCCUUGUGGCAGGACAUGAAGGAGACGAGCAUCGAGUUCAUCCUGCUCAACGUCACCUUCCCCGACAAUUUCCCCUUCUCACCGCCCUUCAUGCGGGUCCUGACGCCCCGGCUGGAGAACGGCUACGUGCUGGACGGCGGGGCCAUCUGCAUGGAGCUGUUGACCCCGCGCGGGUGGUCCAGCGCCUACACGGUGGAGGCGGUUAUGAGGCAAUUUGCUGCCAGCCUCGUAAAAGGACAGGGUCGCAUUUGUAGGAAAUCAGGCAAGUCCAAGAAAGCUUUCAGUCGUAAAGAAGCCGAGGCCACCUUCAAGUCCCUGGUGAAGACCCACGAGAAGUACGGCUGGGUGUCCCCACCCAUCUCCGACGGCUGAGUGCCCAGCCUCCACCUCCCCGUUCCCCCCCCCACGUGCUAGCCGGGAAACCCCCCAGCUAGCUUUGACACACAAAACGACACACCACGCUAACUCAACGAUAUCUCAUCAUCUUCACCUUUGACUGUUUUUUUUUUUUUUCAACUCAUAGUUUUUUGUGUUCUGGGAGAUUUGUUUUACAUCUUCAUCUCCAACAUUAUCUGUUGGAGAGCUGACACGCAGUCAUUUUUGUCAACAUCA